UUACACAUGGUCAAUAACGAAAAGAUUAUUGCCUUAGCAAUAUGGGCGUCUAUAUAUUCAAUUAAAAUUAUAUUAGUGAAUGCACUUUGCACAAGUGUAUCAUCCGAGGCAUAUAAAACCGGUGAAAUUAUACAAUCCUUUGAAGCAUCUAUUAUCGAUGAUGAUAUGAGAGAAGAGAUUCAUCAAUUUACACAACAAAUAAUGCUUAGAUCAUUAAACUUUACCGCUUUUGGUUUCUUUUCAAUUAAUAAUUCUCUUACCGGCAAGUUCUUUGCCACGGUCACAACGUAUGUGGUUAUUUUAAUACAAAUAAACUUCGUACCUGCAAUCCGUACGAUAAAAUAACAUGUAGAGAAA